AUGCGCGACGGCGACGUCAAGACCGUCCCGCCUGGACGGUCGCCCGCGCUCACGACAGCCCGCGCGAGUCUCCCGCUCGGCCGGGAACAAACGACGCAGCAACGCGGGGAUCGCCAAGCGGCGGAUGGGGCCGGGACCAGGGCGGAUGCAUUGUUGUCGUCGUCGUCGGCGAACGUAGCGGGCGCGCGGCCGGUGGUGGUCCGGGGGCGCCUGUACGGCUCGCAGCGAGAGCGGUGGAGGGAGCAGAAGCGGCGGCAGAGGGCCAGGCAGAAGGCGGCGCAGGGAAGGGAAUCGCAACGGGAGGAAUGGAGGGGAGCGAAGAGGCUGCCGAGGGAUAGGCAAAGGACAGAGGCACGGGGCGGGGCGGCAUCGAUGAACGAGAGGGCGGUUUCGGAGAUUGCGGCCUGUGCGGCGGACUGCAAGGCGCCGGAUCGGGAUGCGGCGCAUCGUCACGUAGCGGUCGAUGGGUGCAUUGUUUGGGGCACACCUGUGGUUACGGUGAAGACGGAAGAUGCGAGCAUGGGCACCGGGCCCAGUCCGCUAAGAGAUGUGCCCACAGUUGUGGCAGAUUGCCUCGGUGCGGAUCAGAUCAGGGAACGGUGGGAACAGCGGGCCGGGGGCCCGGAUCCGGCGCGCGCGGAUGACGGGGAGGCGGCCGCAGUGUUGGCCAAUUUCGCGAUGGCGUCGGUGUUGUCGACGCUUCGAGAUCGCGUACACGCGCGGGCGGUGCGACAGCGGCGCCAGUGGAGGGAGCAGAAGAGGCGGCAGAGGGCGCGGAGGCGGGCGGAGGAAGGGAGGGCGCCUGGCAGAGCAGCGGGGACGUCUGCUGGGAAGUGUGGCGCUGCAUUGGAGGGCACACGAACAAGGCACGGGAUGCUUUGCGACCCGCGGAGGCAGCAAGAGAGGGAGGGAGGGAGACGAGAACGGGAAGGGAGGACGGGGCCAAAAGCGCCAGCGGCAGGCGUUGGGGUGUCGGGGGUCGCUGUGAAGGCUGAAUCGUGCGCUCUGCGGGAGAAAUUCCGUGAGUGGCAGCGGCAGAUAUGGAGGGAACAGAAGAGGCGACAGAGGGAGAGGCGGAGGGGGGAGCAAGAGCCGCGGGCCGCCAAGGCAGGCGCUGGACUGGUCGAAGCGCACACGCCGACGGCCCACAAGCGUCUUUAUGACUCACAGCGGCAGCAAUGGAGGGAACAGAAGAGGCGGCAAAGGGAGAGGCGAAGGGCACGCCAACGAGAGGGGGCCACAGGGACAGUGGCAUCCAGCAGAGCUGUGCAGUGCCGGAGUGAGCAUCCUGUGUGCAGGACAUUCCACGCAGUCUGUUCUCUGUGCGGGCAGUGUGGCAAAUGUGGUUGUGGCCCCAUGGGUGCAGGCAUACCAUUCCCAGCAUGCACCCAGUAA